GUGUUACUCAAGGCCGAGGUGGCUCCAGGGAGAGCUGGCCUGGGAGUUGGGUGGAUAACAGUGGGAUGCUGCAGCUGAGCCUGUCCUGGCUGGGACUGGGGCCCCUGGCAGCCUCCCCGUGGCUGCUCCUGCUGCUGCUGGGAGUCUCCUGGCUCCUGGCCCGCUUCCUGGCCUGGACCUACACCAUCUAUGACACCUCCCUUCGCCUCCGCUGUUUCCCGCAGCCCCCAAUGCGGAACUGGUUUUGGGGUCACCUGGGCAUGAUUCGGAGCUCAGAGGAAGGUCUGCUGUACGAACAGGGCCUGGCGAGCACCUAUGGGGAUGUGUGCGGCUGGUGGGUGGGGCCCUGGUAUGCGGUCGUUCGAAUCUUCCAUCCCACCUACAUCAAACCUGUGCUCUUUGCUCCAGCUGCCAUCGCCCCCAAGGACAUGGUCUUCUACAGCUCUCUGAAGCCCUGGCUGGGGGAUGGGCUUCUGCUGAGUGCUGGUGACAAGUGGAGCCACCACCGCCGCCUGCUGACCCCCGCCUUCCACUUCAACAUCCUGAAGCCCUACAUGAAGAUCUUCAAUGACAGCACGAAUAUCAUGCAUGCCAAGUGGAAGCGCCUGGUCUCAGAGGGCAGCACCCGUCUGGACAUGUUUGAACACAUCAGCCUCAUGACCCUGGACAGUCUGCAGAAAUGUGUCUUCAGUUUUGACAGCAAUUGCCAGGAGAGGCCCAGCGAAUAUAUUGCCGCCAUCUUGGAGCUCAGUGCCCUUGUGACAAAACGACACCAUCAACUCUUCCUGUACAUCGACUUCCUGUACUACCUCACCCCUGACGGACAGCGCUUCCGCCGGGCCUGCCGCCUGGUGCACGACUUCACAGAUGCUGUCAUCCGGGAGCGGCGCCGCACCCUCCCUGAUCAGGGUGUGGAGGACUUCCUGAAGGCCAAGGCCAAGACCAAGACUUUGGACUUCAUUGAUGUGCUCCUGCUGACCAAGGAUGAAGAUGGGAAGGAAUUAUCAGAUGAGGACAUCCGAGCUGAGGCUGACACCUUCAUGUUUGAGGGCCAUGACACCACAGCCAGCGGCCUCUCCUGGGUCCUGUACAACCUCGCAAGGCACCCAGAAUACCAGGAGCGCUGCCGGCAGGAGGUGCAACAACUCCUGGGCGACCGUGAGCCUCAAGAGAUUGAAUGGGACGACCUGGCCCAGCUGCCCUUCCUGACCAUGUGCAUCAAGGAGAGCCUGCGCUUGCACCCCCCGGUCACCGUCAUCUCCCGCUGCUGCACCCAGGACAUCACGCUCCCCGACGGCAGGGUCAUCCCCAAAGGUGUUACCUGCCUUAUCAGCAUUUUUGGGACCCAUCACAACCCAUCCGUCUGGCCAGACCCUGAGGUCUAUAACCCUUUCCGCUUCGAACCAGAAAAGAUCCAGGAGCGGUCACCUCUGGCUUUCAUUCCCUUCUCUGCGGGGCCCAGGAACUGCAUCGGGCAGACGUUCGCCAUGGCCGAGAUGAAGGUGGUCCUGGCGCUCACGCUGCUGCGCUUCCGCGUCCUGUGCGAGGAGGCCGAGCCGCGCCGGAAGCCCGAGCUCAUCCUGCGCGCCGAGGGCGGCCUUUGGCUGCGGGUGGAGCCGCUGAGCGCCGGCCCACAGUGACCCUGCGCCACCCCGGCUGGGUCAACCCUUGACCCCACACACCUCCUUUGCAGGUUCCGGGCAAUAAAACUGCUGUCUCCUCUGCCCCAGCCUCUCCGAGAGCCACUAGGAGGCUUUUGAGGCCGGUGGGGACCCAGGGGCUGGGCAUACCUUGGGGAGGGGGAGGGGGAGGAGGGGAAAGUGACCCUGAGCCCUAGACCCUGACUGCCUCUGUCUAGGGCUCCACGCUGAUAGCGGAUGGAGAGUUCUCCCAGAGACCACUUAUGGAUUUUAUCCUGUGGGGAGGUGGGAGCCAUGGGAGGUGUUUGAGCAGGAGGGGGCCCAGGGUUAAAGAUGGGCUUGAGCGGCACAGUUGAGGUUCUAAAUCACGGAGAACCCAUAGAGGCAGAUUCAUUCCUACGAGUCCCGGAUGCCUACCCGGCAUCCUCUGCAGGACUCAAGUUCCUUCCGGCCCUUGUCAGCAGCCCCACCCUGUGCCUGCCCCCUCCCUACACGCCCCCCCCCCCACCCCCAGUGUGUCUCUCAGGUGAUCCCCUGCUCUGCCUCUAGGAAGCCCCUCUCUUCCCUCCC